AUGAAAAGACUCAAGAAGGCUUUUCUGCUUUGGAGCACAAUCUUCAUCUCAACUCUCGCUUGCUUUCAGGAGGUAUCUGCUUCUUCAGGUUAGCCACAGAUUUUUGACAAGUAAUCAUUUCCUGUUCAAAACGAACCGAAAUUGUUUAAAUACAAGCCAUGGCACGCUCAAUUAGAAGUUGAAAGUUGAUGCGGAAAAGCCAACAGGCUCCUAACUAAAGGUAAAAUAGGACCAGAAAAUAUCAAUCGUACGAUGUAUUGAUCGAAAGAUUACCAGUCAUUGAGUUCAAAUAGGAGUUAUGCCAAGAGUAGUGUAAUUACAAGGCCUUCUGAUUUACACCAUUGUCCUCGAAUGUAUUUAUACAUCUUUUAUUUAUUCAUAAACCCCUUUAUCACAAAAUGGUCUGAUUAUUUAAACAAAGGUUAGACGUUGCUUAACAAAGCCGCGUCCUAAACAAUUUCAAACUCUUUACGGUGGCCAAUUUACAUUAUCAACCAAGUCGCUAAUUUUAAAUUACCCUGCUAUACUCUCCCAACGACGCAGCACCACAGUUUUUUUAGAAACUUACCCCCUUUAAUCUUCAAUUUAGCUAAACCUUUAAUCUGAACAUUUAUUUCUGUGAACAGUGUCAAAAGGACCGAAAGCUAGCAGUGCAGAGACAUUUAUUUAAUUAAAUGAGAGGUCAUCGAGAAAGUCUGAAGUCCACUGAUUGCGUAAAACCGUGCAUUGUGUUAGACCUCGUGAUAACAACCGGCCCCACGUAUUUUUGGGAUUUCUUGUAACCUUGUCUUUUUUCGAAGGAAAGAGACAUCUGUACAUGGAGUAUUAUAAUAUAAUGCAAUAAUGACAAAAAUAAUAGAAACUUUCGGAAUCUGUUCUUCACUGUUAUUAUGCUUCCGACCCCGAUCGAGUUCACUCAUUUAGGCUCUGUGCCUCAAAAAAGAAAAAAAACCAUAUCGGCAAUUAAAACAAAACUUAGUAAAGACAGAUUCCAACGGAGCCCUGUUGUAAAGAAGUCGGUCUUAUUCGAAAUUAAUGCAUACUAAUAAUUUUUUAACAACCGUGGAAUUUGAUCGUUGCGUUACAGAAGGUCUUUACUUUCCAAUAUUUGCGGUAUGAAAACAAAGUGAGAUGUAAAAGAAAGAAAAAAAACAACAAUUCAUUGCAUGCAGAAUUAAAUGUUGCCAUUGAAAAUGAGGGCUAAAGUCUGAUAAAGAUAAAUAAAAUAAACCAUGAUAAUUUCAGUAUCAUUAGAUUUGCUUUGCCAUUAGCAGAUUAAGUGAAUUGAUGAGAUUCUGAGACAGACUCUGACCUUGAAAAACUGUCUUGUGUAGUAACGCAACUGCCAUGAAAACAAAACGGAAAAAAAGUUCCGCAUUCGUUUUUAUCAAAAAAAAUAUUAGAAGAUUUUGUGCUUUUGCAUGUAACAUCGCUUUUGACAUAAUAAAUCAACUUUUGGAAAUUUGAAAUUCGUGCUAAUGUGAAAUCUGGACUCCAUUACUUCGUAUCCAGUAAUAAACAAUAAGAUAAUGAGUAUCGAUCGAGAAAAGAGAAUGUGCGCACAACAUGUUUGUGGCUCUGAGUGCCCUCCUUCAGAGACGGAAGCAAAACUUAUUUCUCUAAUAUUCAAUUUGGUUUCGUCUUUAUUCUGUAUUCAGGACUGGGGAGUCCUUUUGAUAAUAUCAUACUUGUUCAAAGAACAUGCUUGAUAAAGUGAACUAGGCUGAGCAACGCUUCACCAAAAACAUUUAAUAUUUGAAAAUCGAAUUUGCUAUUGUCAUUCUUGUAAACGACUCAGUGGGAGGGAGAAUGAUGGCUCAUAACCAUUUUUCCCGUAGAAAAUGUACAUUCCCCUUAUCAUGGACAAAAAAAACGGACUAUGAGAACAGAAAUAUUAAGUUUAUUGUGCUGUAUAUAUAUCUAGAUAUAUAUAUAUAUAUAUUUUUUUUUUUUGGGGGAGAAAGGGUGAGAUAUGAGGAAUAUGGUAACUCCUCACCGGUACCAAAUCUUUAUUUGAGGUCGAUCGUCAUGAAUUCACCACUGAAUUUUUAAAAAAAUGUAUUAUGGUUGUUUACGAUUAUUUUCCUUUGUUUGUUCUUUUUCAUAGCAAUGAGGCAUUCGUGCAACUCGCCAUGUCUUCUGGUUGCAAAUGUAGACCGCGUAUUAGCUUUGGAUUACGACAACAAGUCGAUAUUUCCAGUCGUUUCCAAUUUAUCAUCAGCUAUAGAUGUAGACUUUCAUUACAAUAAGGGCUACAUAUUUUGGUGCAACUUUCUAAGUAUCCAGCGCUCGAAUAUGGACGGCACAAACAUCACCGUUAUUCACAAUGAGACUUCCUGUUAUGGUUUGGCAGUAGAGUGGGACUCCUUGCAGCUGUAUUGGACCGGUUAUCACAACAAAACUAUAAUGGUAUCAGACCUCGAUGGAAAUAACAAACGCAUUGUUUUCACUUCGCUCUCUGGACCAACCGAUAUCGUUCUUGAUCCAUACCAAGGGUAAGUACUUUAUGAAAGCGUGGAAGAUCCCGCAAACCAAUUAUAAGUUAGUGGAGACUUUUUCAAUGAAAAUCUAAGGUUGAGAUAAAAUGGUGAAGUAAAUUGCUUAUAAAUCUAAUAACCGAUGCAGCUGAGUGAUUUUCUCCACAGAUUGAUGUUUUGGAUUGAUACUGGAAAUAUUUCUAAGGUGGAAAGAUCAACUUUAUACGGAACACAGCAUGUCACUAUAGCGGUACAUAAUGUUACGUAUUCAACUGGUAUCACCCUUGAUAGA